AUGUCUAACUCGACCGCCAGUUACAAGCAGCUCAAGGAGGACUUCGUGUCCAACUUGACAGGAGGGCCUGUCAGCGAGAUCGCAGCGGUGACGGCUGUCUUACCCGUCGGUGCUCUGGUGUGGUCCGUUCUGCAGGGCCGCCAGUCCUUCUUCAAGCCGUACACGAUUAUCGGAUUUAUCGUCGACUACUUCCUCAAUGUCGGGGCCGUCCUGCUCGCAAUCACGUUAUACUCCGACAACCCGAUCCUCCUUAUUGUUCUGCUGCUCGCGCCCGCGCUGCUAGUCUACGCUUUCCCGCCAAAUCUCGUGGCCCGGAGAAAGAAGCCUAAGAUCCCGCCUACCGCGCAGGCCAGCAAGACAAAGGGGUCCGCGGCGGGCCUAGAUGUGCUCUCGACAAAGCCUUUCCUGACCAUCUUCCGAGGGUCUAUGCUCAUCAUUACGUGUCUAGCCAUCCUCGCAGUCGACUUCCGCAUUUUCCCCCGACGCUUCGGCAAGGUCGAGACAUGGGGCACAUCAUUGAUGGACAUUGGUGUCGGCGCCUUUGUCUUUUCGGCCGGAGUCGUGGCUGCGAGGCCUGUAUUGAAAGAACGCGCAGAAGGCCGUGGAGCUCCACUGUCCCGUCGGCUCCUGUACUCAAUGCGCCAUUCUUUACCACUCCUCGUGCUGGGUGUCAUCCGCCUGCUUAGCGUCAAGGGACUCGAUUACGCCGAACACGUCACCGAGUACGGCGUGCAUUGGAACUUUUUCUUCACGCUGGGCUUCUUGCCACCCUUUGUGGCCGUGUUCCAGUCGGCGCUGAGGAUUGUCCCAUCGUAUGCUGCCCUCGCCCUCAUCCUGGGGGUCACCUACCAGAUUCUGCUGGAGAGUACUGGCCUCAAGGUUUAUAUCCUCACGGCUCCCCGGGUCGAUCUUCUGUCCAUGAAUAGAGAAGGGGUCUUCAGCUUUUUUGGAUACCUGGCCAUCUUUCUGGCCGGCCAAGACACUGGCAUGUACGUCCUGCCUCGCAACAUCACUCGGAGUGGGUCCAGUGCAGCGGCGCAAAGGACCACUUUGCUCAUGACAAUGGCUGUGUGGAGUCUUGUGUGGCUGCUGCUGUUCUUCCUGUCCACGGACUACAACUACGGGGCGGGACUGUCAGUGUCUCGCAGACUCGCCAAUCUGCCGUACGUCUUGGGGGUGGUUUCCUUCAACUCCGUCCAGCUCCUGGCCUGUUGUCUCGUCGAGACAUUGUUAUUCCCGUCGUUUUACAACGCAGUCGACGCCAAAGCAGAAAAGGAGGCGUAUGAGUUCGCGACUUCCAAAGUACUGCGCGCGUACAACCGCAACGGCCUGGCUGUCUUCCUCAUUGCCAACCUUCUGACAGGCCUGGUCAACAUGACGGUUCCGACACUGGACGUUGGGCCCGUCGUAAGCGUGGGUAUACUGGUUGCAUACAGCGCAGUCCUGACGAGUGUGGCUGUGGCACUGGAUGCGUACAACAUUUCGAUCAAGCUAUGA